AUGGCUGCUGCUGCUGAAACUGUUGACACCACUCAAGGUCUCCUUAACAUCAAUAUGAUGAAUGUCACCACACUUACCUCCACCAACUACAUCACGUGGAAUCUUCAAGUCCACUCUUUUCUUGAUGGCCACGAUCUUUUCGGCUACAUUGACGGUUCCAAAAUCCCACCGGAUCAUACACUCACCUCCACUUAUCCACCAACACCGAAUCCCGCCUACUCGACCUGGAGACGCCAGGACAAGAUUAUCUAUAGUGGUCUCCUUGGCACUCUUUCUCCUGCUCUUCAACCUCUAGUUUCUAAAACGAAAUCUACUGCUCAAAUAUGGAAAACAAUUUCCUUCACCUAUGUCAAUCCAAGUUGGGGACAUAUUCAACAACUUCGUUUGCAGAUCAAACAAGCUUCCAAAGGUGACAAAACCGUUGAUGAGUAUAUGCAGACGCUGACGACACGUUUUGAUCAACUUGCUCUUCUUGGCAAGCCUCUUGCCCAUGAAGAACAACUUGAGUUCAUCUUUGCUGGGUUACCUGAAGACUACAAGUCUGUCGUCGAUCAAGUGGAAGGUCGCGACAGUCCUUCCUCUAUCAUUGAAGUCCAUGAAAAGCUUAUCAACAAGGAAGCUAAAAUUCUUGCUUUAUCCUUGUCCACACCAACCAUAGGACCCGCUUCUGCUCAUGUUGCAACCUCUCGUCAGAGAUCCAACACUGGGAAGUUUCAACCUCGACAAUCUCAGCCCUGGCACAACAACAACAACAGGCAGCAAUACCAACCUUAA